AUGUCGCAGAAGAAUGUCGUCGUCGUAGGAGCCGGCGUAGCGGGACUUACAACUGCCCUCCUGCUCUCCAAAGAUGCUCGGUAUAAGAUCGUUGUGGCUGCGAAGCACAUGCCCGGUGACUACGACAUCGAAUAUGCCUCGCCUUGGGCAGGAGCGAACUACAUGCCGCAAGUGAGCCCGAGAACCCACGUCUCCGUUCGCGGCACCGAAGCAGCCCAGUGGGACAAGAAUACCUGGGCGCCUCUCGAAGACCUUGCGCGCGACCAUCCCGAGGCAGGCGUCCACUUUCAGGAGUGUCAGAUUCUCAGCAGAGCGAAAGACAAGGGGUCUGCGACGGCCUCCUGGUUUGCAGAGCUGCUGUCCCCGAGCCCAUGGUUCAAGGAUGUGGUGCCGAACUUCGAAGUCAUACCCAAGGAGUCGCUACCAUCGGGGAUCGAUUCGGCGACAUCCUUCACGUCCGUUUGCAUCAAUACUGCCAUCUACCUGCCUUGGCUGGUGUCGCAGUGUCUGAAGAACGGUGUCAAGUUCAGGCGAGCGGUCUUCAAGCACAUCUCUGAGGCGGGAUCUUCUUCUGUUCAUCCAGCAGGCAAGGUCGAUCUGGUUGUCAACUGUACAGGCCUCGGGUCAUCCAAGCUUGGUGGAGUCGAGGACAAGAAUGUGGUGCCCGCCAGAGGCCAAAUCGUGGUAGUGCGCAACGACGCCGGAAAGAUGCUGGACGUUUCUGGCACUGAUGACGGAGACGAUGAAGCUUGUUAUGUGAUGACGAGGGCCGCAGGUGGUGGCACUAUCCUCGGGGGCUCGUAUCAGAAGGGCAACUGGGAGUCUCAGGUUGAUCCAAGCCUCGCAGUCAGAAUCAUGAAGCGUGCUGUGGGCAUCUGUCCAGCUCUGACGGGCGGAAAGGGCAUUGAGCACCUGGAUAUCGUUAGGCACGGCGUUGGCUUACGGCCAGUCAGAGAAGGUGGAACGAGGAUCGAGAAGGAAAAGAUUGAAGGAGUCUGGGUCGUUCACAACUACGGGGCGGGGGGUGCAGGUUAUCAGUCGUCUUAUGGCUGUGCGCAAGCUGCUGUCAAGCUCGUAGAGCAGGCGCUGGAGGCAAAGUCAAGACUGUAG